GAGGCAGAUACGGAGCUCCUCAGACAGCAGCGGCGUGCACAGCGCAGCAUGCAGACUGGUCAUUGACGCUGCUGUUGGACUAAACACACAUGCACAGACACACACACCCCUGAGGAGUGUAUGAGACAUGCAUAGGCUGCCCAUGGACGCACACGCACUGGCAGGGCACCAGAGAGGAAAUACAGCAAACCCCCGAGCUUGAGGAGCUAUGGAGAGCAGCAGCAUGUUCUUUGGUAACACAUGUCAAAAUGGCCUCAUGCCUGCCCUGGUGCGCCCAACCCUGCCUGCUGUCCAAACCUCACUAGGCAUGAAGCAAUUUCUCCCGAUUCCAUUGGAUUCAGCCUCUGCGGUCAGCCUCUUCCCAGGAUUCAACACUAUGGACCCGGUGCAGAAAGCCGUCCUCCAUCACACCCUUGGCCUGCCUCCCACAGCCAAGAGGAAGCAUGCCUCCUGCAGUGUUUGCCAGCUGAGGUUCAACUCACAGAGCGCUGUCUCUCAAAGUGCUGUAUUAUUGCCUGAGCUUCACUGGAGGAGGAGCCAGGCCUUGGCCCACUACAAGGGCACCAAACAUGCCAAGAAGCUAAAAGCCCUGGAAACACCGAAGAGUAAGCUCAAAGGCUCAGUGGUCACCAAGGAAACUGCCAGCCAGGAGAUCGCCAAGAGCACCAACACCUCACAGGUCCCCAAUGGCACCGAUAGGAAAGAUGGCCUCUCUGGAGCAGCAGCCUCUCCUGUAAUAGGGCCAGCACCUCCCUCGGCAACUGCGUUUGCACCAUCGCCAGCUCCUGUAGCCUCGCUGAAAGUCCAGAGCUCCACGUUGACUCCUGAGAUGAUCUUGGAUUCUGGAGGAGACGAGAGUCAAUUGAAAAUAGGCUCGUCCUUAGAACCAGAACUGGACCACGAGGCCGAACCUGAGACGGAGACGGACGCAGAGACGGAGGAGGAGAAAGCUCGGCGUCUUCUCUACUGCUCGCUCUGUAAAGUGGCCGUCAACUCAGCAUCACAGCUGGAGGCUCACAACAGUGGCACGAAGCACAAGACGAUGCUCGAGGCCCGGAGCGGGGUGGGCUCCAUCAAGUCUUUUCCUCGACCGGGAGUCAAAAGCAAAUUGGCUACAUCCUCCAAAUCAUCAACAGGCCUGCAGAACAAAACCUUUUACUGUGAGACGUGUGAUGUGCAUGUCAAUUCAGAGACUCAGCUGAAACAGCACAUCAGCAGUCGGCGCCAUAAAGACCGAGCGGCAGGUAAACCAGCCAAGCCCAAAUACAGUCCCUACAGCAAACCGCAGAAAGGCCAGAUCAAGCAGCCGAUAAAGCUGAUUUUGGGAAAGGAGCGACAGAGCCAGCCUCUGACCGCUCAGAUCCUACCUGCUCAUCUGGCAGCAGUGGCUGCAGCCGCCGCAGCCGCCCUCAGCAACUCUUUCACACACCGCACAAACCAUGCCACUAAUCACACCUCCACCCCUGGCCUCUUCCAGACACAGACGCUCCCCGCUCCACUGCUCCGCCCAGCCCCAGGGCCUGUCAGGACCUCCCAUCCACAAGUACUCUUUGCCCCUUAUUGAGCUGUUUGACCCAAGGUGGAGCGACUUCACCUCAAAGACCAAAUUAUGUGGAACUCCCUUAAGCCCAAGGAGUCCUUACAGUCUUUGUACUCCUACUAUGCAUCCAUUUUACUGAACAUCUUCACACCAUGUUUGAACCAUUACUUUUUCCCCCUCUUCAUUUGGAUUAUCAACUGAAAAUGGCACAGCACUUGGCGCUUUUUGGUUCUGGAUUUAUUUCUCUGAUCUCACUGGACUGUACAUGCUUUCUGUGCCACCUUGCAGCCCACGGCUCAUUCCCAGAUGCUGGACUUUGUCCUACAUUGUAUUGCAAUAAUAUAUAACUUAACCCUGUGAACUAUGCAGUGUCAUUACAUCAUGAUUCAUGGCACAGUUUGAGCUGGAAAGAUUGUCGGGAUAAGCUUUUUCUAAAGCUACAGCGUCGCACUAAGAUCAUUACUCUUGUAGAGGAUUGUCACUCAUAAUUUAAAACGGUUGUAACUGAUACGAGUAAGUGAGGCCGUCCUCUGUUCCUGUAUGCACUUUAAGCUACUUCUAUGUCUACAUUAGAUGGCUAGGCUGUGUUAGAUGGUUAGUAUGUGUUGUAAAGUGUGUUUUUUGUAUUCGUCCUUGCAUAUCUGUAUGUGUGAGCGUGUAUAUCUUUGUAUGUACAGCUCAGUGUGGGUAUUAUGAUGUGUGAGUCUGUGAGAGAGCUUCCCAUCCUUCAUAAGCCAUUCAAGUUGAUAUCCAGCACACAUUGUCACUAUGUCUUGGGCCAAAGGGACCACAAAGGCUUGUCUGUGUUAAGUAUCGGUGUUUAAAAAAAGGUGAAAAAUUUCAAAUAAAAGAGCCCUAAUUUGUUA